CAUUUUUUUGCCGAUUUUGAUUGUUUGUGAUCAAAUUUUUGUUUCUUUGAUUGAAUAUCCAUUAUUAUCAUGGAUUCAAAUACUUUAAACAUUUAUAAAAAACUUGUUGAAGCAAAAAAACAAAUUGAUGAUGCUCUUGAAGAAUUGGUAAAUUUAUCGCAAACAAAAACCGAAGUAGCAGUAAAGAUUGUGAACAAAGUUCCAGAAAAAUCCAUUCCGAAUGCUGUACCAUCAUCAACAACACCCGUUAAUGGUAUUGAUUCCAAUAUUUCUGGUGGUGAUUCUAUUUCUGGUGGUGAUUCUGUUUCGGGAGAAAAAUCCAUUGUUGGUUCAAGCAACGAUGAUAAAUCAUUGAAAACAAAUGGUAAAAUUGAUCACGUUGCUAUUGCUGAUAAUAAGCCAUUGGAUGCUGUUAAAAAGUUCAACUAUCAAGAUGGUACUUUAACAUUAAAUCUGGUAUAUUCGUCGCGUAAUUUUUACGUUAAUUUUGAUUAUGAUAAAAUGAAAAAAUUCUAUACGAAAUUCAAUGAAGAUUAUCUUCUAUUAAACAAAAAAAGUGUCGAAUUACAGCCAUAUGAAAUCGUUAUCGAUGGAAUUUAUGCUGUUUUAAAUCAAUCCGAUGAAACCUAUUAUCGUGGUCAAGUAAUUGAUUUUUGUCCAAAAGAUCAGGUGAAAAUAUUUCUGAUCGAUUAUGGUGAUGAUAUGGAGAUUGACAGGCAACAAAUUUAUAAAUUAUUGCCACCUUUUGAUAAAGAACCAGAUUUUGCCUUAAAUUGUUUCAUUAAUGAGAAAUGGACCGAAGAUUUUAAACGAUUUGAUUCGGCAUUGAUCAAAUAUCUUGAAGAUGGUGUUUCGUUGGAGGGUAAAUUGUUGAAUCCAUUGCCAAAUUGUCAUCGAAUUCCAAUUUCUCUUCAUAUUCAACUUCCUGGCAAAAAAAUGGAUAAGUUCACUUCAAUUGAUCAUAAUGUCGAUGUUUAUGAUUUCAUUGAUCAAUAUAAAUUUAACUAUGAAACAUUUUUGGAAAAGAAUAAAAUCGAUUGGACAAAAUUGUCAAAAUCAUUCCAUAUGCUUGAUAAAAUUACUGGCUUUUCAAAGUCGUUGAAGAUGAAUAAAGCCCUGAUUGUAAAAGUGGAAGAUAUAGACAAUUUUUUGAUCAUAACAGAUCAUUCACAUUCGAAUUCUCAAUUGAACAAUUUCGUCACUAAUUUCAGCAAUUUCUAUUAUCCAUCUCGUGAUUUUAUGCUCAAGGAUGAUAUAUCAAUAGAUUUGGUCGUGGUGAAACAUCAGGAUUUCUAUUUCCGUGCAUUGAUACUUGGCGGUAAUGAUGAUGGUUAUGAAAUUUUUGCUUUUGACAUUGGAUUUAUUUGCACGGUGAAAAAAUCACAAAUGUAUCGUUUAUUGGAUAUAUUUUCUGUACAAAAUUAUCCACCAUUCAUUCAUUGUUGUCGUAUACACGGACUUGUACCAUUGAAAGAAAAUUGGAGUUCGAUAGCCAUUACUACAUUGAAAAAAUUUUGCAACCAAUCCUUAGACAUUAUUGUACGUGGUUUUGACAAAGGAAAAUUUCAGAUUGAAAUUUUCAAUGGUGGAAUGAAUGUUCGAUCAACAUUUAUUCGUUGCCGUUUGGCCAAAUCGGUUGAAUGAAUGAUGAUUGAAUUUAAUUGAAUUGCUGAUGAUCUAUCUUUUCUCGCCAUUUUCUUUAUACUACUCAUUAUUAUUGUCAUUACUUUUCAUAUAUAAUCUAAAUCCAAUUACUUAAUGUUGAUAAUGGAAAAAAAUAUAACACAUGUUGUGGCGUG